CCCCGACAAAUACCCAACCAGAACGUCAGCAUUACCCGAGAGAGGAUAAUCGACGGCGGGAGCGGAGAAGCUUCGUUUCUUCAAUGGCGCGGAAACGGAAAUGGGGUGGCGGGAAUUCAACGGCGAUGCAGUAGUGGGAAGGAGAAGCCUGGAAUCGGAGCAUCGAUAACUGAUUAGGGUUUGGUGAACUGUAGCGAAGCAGUGGCGAGAAGGGAAGCCGUAACAGCAGCGCCUCAAUCCUGAC